AUGUUCCCCGAUUCUUCUCCUGUCCUCGGCAAUAAGCUGCUGCUUGUAACAUGUCUGUUAAUUCUGAUCAGGAGAGCUUCUUCACAGCAGCAACAGCAGCAGCUGGUUGGCUGCGAUGUGCUUGGCUGUCAGACCGACGGGUGUACCUUAGGCAACACUACCAAUGCCUUGCUGGGAACGGCGUCUUUCAACACCAGCAUCUCGCCCGAUGGCCCGCUCACAUGGACGGUGGGUGUCUCGACAGAAGAGCCCUCGAAUAAUGCCACCCAGGCCCUCUUCACCAAAAACUUUUACCUGGGAUACCCACCUUCGUUAGAUCUUGCCAGCGCAUCUGAUUUCUCCGGGUGUGCCUUAAUCUUCGAAGGCAUCGCCAAAAGUCUCCCCCUGAACAGCAUAACUCAGUAUGGCACGGUCACUUGUGGUGAGACACUGCAGGAUGCCUGUGUGAACGACCUCGUGUCUCAGGCUCAGCAGCAGGUACAGACACUUCGUACUGCGGAUGGAACCAACAGCACCACUGUCUGUGCUUCAUUGCAGCCAGUGAUUGAAAGAUCGCCGCCACCUUCAUGUCAAUCAAUUGCCCAAGUAACCUGGGGGUCUAUCAUUGCAAAGGGUAUGUAUCCUUAA